AUGGCCGCCUCAUCGGCAUCCAUCCCGCGAUUCCUUCUGCCCAGGUUGUCAUGGUCUCUUCAGGCCCCGGCUCCGUUUCAUGCCGCCGCCCGCAUCCACGUCCCAACGCUACCGUCAGCCUCGAUGAACUACACCACACGAGCACUAUCAAGAGCACAGAACUUUCCUUCCGCCGGCCGUAUCGCAUUUGGACAAGCUGCAGUACAUCCCAGGAGACACUUCUCGGCCACCACCCAGCGCAACAGAGAUCACCACUUUGACACACUCAAGUUUGUGCAAAGGCUGAAAGAUGAGGGCUUCACCGAGGAGCAGGCAGUGGCCAUGAUGAAGGUCUUGAGCGAUGUCGUCGAAGAGAGGUACAUGACAACCCAACGUUACUGCAAUGGAGUCAAGCUGAACGGGCAUCCUAUCACANGUAUCCAAAACCUCACGCGGACAAUGGUACUUCGCGAAGACCAAGAAAAGGCCACAUACACGCAGAAGGUCGACUUUGCCAAACUUCGCUCCGAACUGCUUUCAGCCGACUCUACCGAAUCAUCACUGACGCGCGCCUCACACGAGCGUCUGACCAACGACCUGGCCAAACUCAACUCGAGGCUACGCGAUGAAGUCCAGCGUACACAAGCCUCAGUGAGAUUGGACCUCAACCUGGAGAAGGGGAGAAUCAGAGAAGAGGCAAACUCGCAGGAUCUCAAGAUCAAGGAAACCGAGACCAGGAUCGAACAGGAAGCGGCAGCACUAAGAGAACGUCUUGAGCAAGUCAAGUUCUCGACGCUGCAAUGGUUGAUGUACGUUUCAUCUCCGAACGGACCGACGGCAAAUGGAGGCUUUGCUAACAUGGGGAUUCUAGGGNGUGUAACGACGGGUACUGCCGCCAUUAUUCUCGGUGUGUGGCGCUUGCUCAUGUAG